AUGUCGCGAAAACGACGGCAGCGGGCGGCCGCCGUCAGCGGUACCCCCUUCCCCGCCUCCCUCGCCUCUGCAGCUCCACCGACGUCGUCUGAGCAGCUGCCGAACGGCGCGACUCGCAGUCGCACAAAAUGCAGAGAGAAUGACGGCGGGUGUUGUGUGGCAGCGCGGCGCAGUCCGCAUCCAAAGCCUCCGUCCCUCUCCCGCUCAGAGGCUGCCCGUGCGGCGCAUUCACUCGUGAGCAGCAGCAGCGGCGCCAUUCAUCGCGAAGAGGCGUCAGUGGUAGGUGUGGAGGACUUUCCUUCCCCAGUGCCGUACCUCCGUCGCGUCGCCAGCUCUGAUGGGCACCUUAAUGGCAGUAGGCACGGCAAGUCGUUCCCUGUUAGUGAACAUCCGCCAACUGGCAGCGCAAGCGUCGGCAUUACGGCCAUGCAGAAUGCCACGUACUGCCGCAACUGGUCUCGGGUGGUCCUCGGGGCCACCUCUGCCAUCAUCUUCCUCCUUGUCCUCUGCGUCAGCUACGCCCUUUACAUUCUCGUCGCACCCUAUGGCCAGAGCAUCAUGAACGGCGUGCUACUCUCCAUCGUCAUGCAUCCGCAGAGCCGCCUGCGGUCGUCACUCUACAUGGGCACCGCUGUCGAUCGCAUGACACGCAUGCAGCAGCGUUGGGUGGUGCGGGGGCGGUUGAUGGGCCUUAUCGGCUCGUGGCUAUCCUUGUGCCACUUCGCGUCCUUUGUGGUGAUGCAGGGGACCUUCUUCUUGGGCCUCAACAAGAUCCACGUGCACGCACAGUCAGCGCUCCUGGAAGAGGCCUCCGCAGCUGGACGUGGUGCCAGAGCGGGCGUCAAGGACGCCAGCGGCGCGUCGCGCCCCGCGGAGACGUCUACAUCCUCGACGGUCGCCUCGAGAGCAUCUCCUUCGACGGGCGUUUCGCCAGCCCAGCUUCACCGACGCCUCGUGUCCACCCCGCGCGGGCGCCGUGUCCUGCGCUGGCUCACGAUCUCCAUCAUCAUGCUUGUUGCCCACUUGCUGGUGGGUGUCACCUACUUUUCGCUUCUGCACGUUGUUUUGGGUGUUGUGUUUGCCGUCGCGGUGCCCUUCCUGCCCGCCGACACGUUUGUCAGAUCCAUGGGGCGUAUGUGGCGGGUCGCUGUCCUCCUGUUCUUCGUGGUGGGCCUCACUCUCAACUUGACGGCUGAUGUGCUGUCCAUCAGCGAGGCUGUGCGGCGCACCACAUCUGCUGUUGUAGGCAGCGGUGGCGGUGGCGGGGAUAAUGCGGCCAUGGCAGCUCUGUCCGCCUCUAAUCUCUGCGAUGGACUUGUAACAGCGCUGGGGGUGGAGAACUGCACCCCGACUGCGCCGUUGGCGGAGGUGGCCGUCACGAGCGGCCCCAUGGCAAGCGGAGAGGAUGCAACGAGCGAGGCAACCGCGGCGGCGACGUCGCACGCCGACGUGGACGCACUAGGUGUGUUAGGCGAGUAUCGCAGCCGUAUCGAGGCCUUUCUCAUUGGCAAGAUCCAGGACCUCGUCGUGCAGGAGUUGGCGGACAUGUUCAGCGACGGCAACGUCUCGAAGAUGAUCGAGGCGCUCAUGGAGGUGCUUCCGCCGCAGCUGCGCGCGGUGGUGACGCGCGAUGACGCGGUGCUUGCUGGACUUGAGAAGUCGACUAGCGAGGGCGACACCUCGUCAUUGAGCGGAGGAGAGGACGGCACUCGCGAAAAAGCUGCUGCGCAGCCGCUCUCGUGGCGCGCUGUGCUGGCGAGUGCGCGCGGCCUGCGCCCCGCAAGGGCCAUCAAGUCGCUCGUCUACGACUCCCUCUCGGGCACGUCUGGCAGGACUCCGAACCGCGCGAGUGACACGAGUGUCUGCGGCGCGACGGCGGCGGGUCACAAGGUGGGGAUCAACUGGGUCACCGUCUCCCGCUUGUUCGCAUCUCACCUGCUGCCCUACGUCGAGCACGCGCUGCGUCUGUUCUUCCGAGUCGGCUCCAAUCUGCUCGGCCUCUUCGACAGCAUCUACGCCGUCCUUCUCUUUGUUUUCUGUUACCGCUACCUCACCCAGCUGGAGCACACAGUGCUCUACUACGGCGUAGCGAAGUUGCUGCGCGUGGUGCAGCCGGAGCUGGGCGACCACCACGCCCGCAACAUCGAGCAGGACAUCACUGUCUCCCUCAUCACGCUUCUGCAGUCGUUCUGGCACCUGACGUGGUUUCACUUUUGCAUUACGUUCUGCGCCUUCAAACUCUGGGGAUUUCCGACGCCGUUCUUGGUGGGCCUCGUCUCCGUCGUCCUGGCGCUAUUUCCGCUCGUACCGAAGUGGCUGAGCCCGUGCUCCAUCGCGCUUGUGUACAUGCUGGUGCAGCUCGCAUCGCGCAUCACCUCUGAGGGGACGAGUUGCAGUGGCAACAACAGGCCAGGAGAGGCGCACGCGGCUGCUGCGACGGACUUUUCUCUCUUCUCGUUCCCGCCUGGUCGAUCGUGGAUCGAGGUUCUCGUGUGGUGCAAGCCGUACGCUCUUCACUACACCCGCGCCCUCAGCUUUGGCUUGGCCGUACUGCUGGAGUUCGGCGACGAAUGGCUUCUCUGCGUCUCGCGAGGACUGCGCGUCGGCCUCUUCACGGAGGCCGACGGGAAGGGCCGCGAGCAGCUGCAGCCGUUUGUCAUUGGGACGGCGCUGGUCCUGGGUUUUGUUGCCUACGGCACCCGUGGCAUCGUCUUUGGCCCUUUGACGGUCAUCGUUGCGCGCGUACUCUUCGAUAACUGGGACAUUGUGCUGGCGAACCGCGAGCCCCGCCGUCUGACCGUACCGCCGUCGUCGUGUGUGGCUGAGAAAGGAGACGACGACGACGACGAGGAGGAGGAGGAGGCCUCGAUGGUGGUAUCACCAUAG